AUGGUCGCGAAGCUACGUGGCGCAUCUCCGGGGGAUAGACUCCCCGUUUCUGCUGAGCCAGGACUGACUUAUGGCAUCCUUGUAUCCCGCACGUCGGUCCCGCCAAAAGCCUACAAUCAAGUGACUGGGAGGAGCAAGGGAGGCGGUUUGGAGUCGCCUCCAAGAAAUAUGCUCCACAUGUCCACUCCGGGAGAACGCAAAACUCUCCAAAAAACUCAUGAGGCUAGAGCCCUGCAACCUGCUCAUUGGCUUGACAAUCUUCGUCGCUCACGCUCCAACAUCAAACUGAAAAAAAAAGACGAAGCUUUCUAUAUACACCUGGAGAAGUUCUACUGGGAAGAUCACGCUUUCUACAAGGUCAUAAUUGGCGAUUUCGAUGGUUUCUACAAGGUUUUGCCUGACGGAUGUCGCUGUUUUGCCAAGGUUCUAUACGGGAUCGGACCAAGACCUCCGAGAAAGAUUUUCCGUCACAAGGAGAGAAGAGAAAGCCAUAAGCUCAGAGAGCGAAAUCCCGGAACUAUCAUUAACUGGGAUCUCUCCGCUACGCUAGCCGGCUUUUGGGAAGAUUUCACAAUGGGCAACAUCGACGAGGAAUAUGACCGGCUCGUUGAAGAACUUCACGACUGCACGAAGAAGACAGAGUUCUAA